UCUGGUUUCAGCUGCGGAGACAGCCAUCCUCUUCGAGACAUCUUCUCUGUGCAGCGUCCUGCAGCGGUUACCACGGUGACAACCACUGAAUUCAAAGCCACGGCCAAAGAAAAUAUGCUGAAAAGGACUGAUGGAGAAGUGACACUGAUGUACAGUGAGGAGGCCGGCACUCAGAUCCUCCAGCAGCAGGAUUCACUGACCGACUACAAUCCCCUCCAAUCCACUCAGCAGGACCGGCAGCAGGACCGGCAACACAACCAGAAGCAGGACCAGCAGCAGGACCAGCAGCAGGUCCAGGACCAGCAGCAGGACUCUGCAGAGAGCGUGAGGCCCUCAGAGCCCCGGCUGCAGGCCUUCACCCUGCUGGAAGUGAGCCGAACUCUGUGGAUCCCCAGGCGUGGAGGUGAUGUAAUGGUCAUUGAACUGCAGUCUCAUGGUGAUGAGCUGAGGGGGCGGGUCACUGCUGUCCUUACCCCCCCCGGACAUUCUUCUCUGGGGUAAGAUCAUUUCCUGUUAAUGGUUCCAUGGCCCGUUUA